GUAUUUUGUGAGAAGAAAAAAGAAGAAGAAGAAGAAGAAGAAGAAGAAAUGGAAUCGAAGAGUGUGAUCAUGUCGGCGUUGGGAGUGGGGAUAGGGGUUGGGGUGGGGAUUGGGUUGGCGUCGGGGCAGACCGUCGGGAAAUGGACCAGCGGCGUUCCCUCGUCCGCCGGCGUCACGCCAUCGGCGAUGGAGCAGGAGAUGUUGGCCCUCAUCGUCAACGGAAAGGAUAGCAAAGUCACCUUCGAUCAAUUUCCAUACUAUCUGAGUGAACAAACUAGGGUGCUGUUAUCCAGUGCUGCUUUUGUCCAUCUGAAGAAAGGUGAUAUCAUUAAGCACACACGGAAUCUUUCUCCUGCUAGCCGAACUAUUUUGCUCUCUGGUCCUGCUGAACUUUAUCAGCAAAUGCUUGCGAAGGCUUUAGCUCACUAUUUUGGAGCUGAGUUGCUGUUGUUGGACGUGAAUGAUUUUUCUUUGAAGAUUCAGAGCAAGUAUGGAUCGUCUAAAGAAACAUCUUUUAAAAGGUCUAUAUCUGAAUCAACACUCGGCCGCAUGUCGGAAUUAUUUGGCUCUUUCUCCAUGCUUCAGCCCAAGGAAGAAAAUAAAGGAAUACGUAGACAAAGCAGCGGGGUGGAUCUCGGAUCAGUUGGUUAUGAAGGCUUGAAUCCGGAGAAGCUGCGUCGAAAUGCGUCUGCCUCGGCUAACAUCAAUGAUCUUCUUGCUUUUCCUUCAGCAAGCACUCCUGCAACUUCAGUUCAACCGAAGCGCGAAAGCAGUUGGUCAUUUGACGAAAAGCUGUUCAUACAGACUCUAUACAAGGUUCUGGCCAAAGAAUCAAAAAUGCAUCCUGUUAUACUGUAUCUUAGGGACGUCGAGAAACUACUCAGCAAAUCUCAGAGGUUUUACGUGAUGUUCCAGAAAAUGUUGAAGAGGUUGUCUGGACCGAUACUGAUCCUUGGUUCCAGGAUAAUCGGCCCUGAAAAUGAUUACAAUUUAGUAGAUGAAAAAAUCUCUGCAGUGUUCCCGUACAACAUUGAAAUAAAACCUCCCGUGGAUGAGAACCAUCUCGUGAGCUGGAAGUCUCAGCUAGAAGAUGACAUGAAAAUGAUUCAAUUUCAGGACAACAAAAAUCAUAUAAUGGAAGUACUUGCUGCCAAUGACCUUGAUUGCGAUGAUCUCGGUUCUCUCUGUUUUCCGGACACGAACAUUCUUAGCACCAACAUAGAAGAAAUUGUGGUAACUCCGGAUAACGAAUUCGAAAAGCGAAUCCGUCCAGAAGUCAUCCCAGCUAAGGAAAUCGGUGUAACAUUUGCUGACAUAGGCGCUCUGGACGAUAUCAAGGAAUCUCUUCAAGAACUGAUUCUCUUACCUCUCAGAAGACCCGACCUCUUUAAAGGCGGGCUUCUGAAGCCUUGCAGGGGAAUACUGCUUUUCGGGCCACCUGGCACUGGGAAAACAAUGCUGGCUAAGGCUAUAGCUAACGAAGCUGGGGCCAGCUUCAUCAACGUCUCCAUGUCCACCAUCACUUCCAAAUGGUUUGGUGAGGACGAAAAAAACGUACGAGCCUUGUUCAGUGUUGCGGCAAAAGUCUCCCCGACCAUAAUAUUUGUGGAUGAGGUUGAUAGCAUGCUUGGGCAGAGGAAUAGGGCAGGAGAGCACGAGGCCAUGCGCAAGAUAAAGAAUGAGUUCAUGACUCAUUGGGACGGGCUACUGUCGAAACCUGGGGAGAGGAUACUCGUUCUUGCAGCCACCAAUAGGCCGUUUGAUCUUGAUGAGGCAAUUAUUAGGCGCUUUGAGAGAAGGCAAUUUGUGGGAAUUGAAAUUAUGGUUGGCUUACCAUCAGUCGAGAAUAGAGAGAAGAUCUUGAGGACGUUAUUAUCGAAAGAGAAAGUUGAGGAAGGAUUAGACUUUACCGAGCUUGCAAGAAUGACUGAAGGGUAUAGUGGAAGUGAUCUUAAGAACUUGUGCAUAACUGCUGCUUACCGACCAGUUCGAGAGUUAAUAAAGCAAGAGAGUUUGAAAGAUAAGGAAAAGAAGCAGAAAGGUGGAAAGGGGGAGGAAGGGAAUGAGGAUGGAAAAAGUGCUGAUAAGAAAGAAAGGGUGAUCACUAUUAGGCCAUUGAACAUGGAGGAUUUAAAGGAAGCGAAAAAUCAGGUUGCAGCUAGCUUCGCAGCCGAAGGGUCCAUAAUGAAUGAGCUAAAGCAAUGGAAUGAUUCAUUCGGUGAAGGUGGUUCGAGGAAGAAGGAACAACUGUCUUACUUCUUGUAAGAUUCGAGCUCUUAAAAAGAUAAUGCUAAUCGAGACUGAAGUCCCGAAUUUAGUAAGGAGAUAGCUUUCGUAGUCAGGUUAUAUUUGAGUAUGUUAGGUUUUCAUGCUUUGCAAUUGUUGUUGUUGUUGUUGUCGAGUUAGCCUGUUACUCUCCCACUCUCACUCUGAAACUCAAAACUUUGUUUCAUGGGAUGAUUGGAGUGUGUUGGAACUUAAAAUACAUAUAUCCUAUUGCUAAAUAUCCUUAUAUUUUGAAAUACGAGUCAUGUUUUUCUCAAAAUAA